AUGUUAGGCCUUAGGCGCCCGAGCGAUCGGGCCAAAUGCGGGAGUAAUUCGCUCAUCCAGCAGCUGUCGAGGUCAGGAUCCAUCUCGAGUGAAUGCGCAGCGCUGGCGGGCUCCGAUUCGCGCAGAAUGAAGAAGGUUCUCUUCUCCGGCUUGCCUGAGUUCGUCGAUUCGGAGGCCCUGUUUUGCUUCCUCGAGGAGAAUUUCGGCCCGGUCUUGGACGCGGUCGUGCUUCCAUUCCAUUCGGCCGACGGCCAGCGAGGGAGGUUUGGCAUCGUGACAUUCAGGAACAAGAACUCUUUCCUUGAAGCGACCCGGACGAAGAGCGGGUACAUCUAUGGAAAGAGGACUAUGAUCGACGUGCUGGACGCUCGUGUUGCCAAAGACUUACUCCCCCAAGCCGAUGACAUCUCGAAGAAGGAAGACGCUCCUCCGGCAAGCCUGGUGAAUUCUCCAUCGCUUCCUCCCUGGGCUCAGAGGUUCCGAGACUGGCUGCCUGGUUUUCUGACCGAGGUUUCCAAGCGCCUCGAGGAAGGGGAAGCUUAUCCACUCUGCUCGCUCAAAGGAGACUUCCGGGCAACCUGUGGGCUGGAGAUCGACCACGCAGCACUUGGUUUCGAGAAACUGAGCGACUUCAUUCGUGCGUGGCCGGAAAUCUGCGAGCCGAAAGUCGAGCCAGUGGGUUUGGGACCAGCGACACACGUAGUCCUCAAGAGUGUCCCGCCGGCCACCACAGAGGCUACGAAGCUCGAGCAGGCGAACAAGUUGCCAGAGCCACGGCCGUCUCCAGCUCUGCAGCCAAGCGACACCUUCCAGGACUCCUUGUUCAGCCGCAACAUAUUCCUGGACAACGUCGAGAACAUCCCGCCAUCUCUGAACCAAUGCAGUGGGGUGACGUGCAAGCUCUGCAAGGAUUGCGCAGCUUCGGCUCGAUGGUUUGCCAUUCCUUGCGGGCAUCUGGUUCUGUGCGACUUGUGCAAGGAGAGCGUCGACAAGUGCGCUCAGACCUGGAGCAUCCCGUGCCUCGUGUGCUGUGACGCCGUCGAGACGUGGAUCGCGUGACAACAGCUUCGUAAUCAGCAAAAGGAAGACUUUACUACUAUUUGCGAUUGCGUUACGAAAAAUAAAAAGCAAGCCAAUGCUGGACUUCGAGCUAGGUUCUCCCUCAUGGAGUAAUAUCCUCGCGCGACCUUCUCAUGUAAGUCUUGAUCAAGCUGUGACACCGUCUCAAAUUUCUCUUGGCACGCAAGUUUUGCAGGUGUGCCCAAAGCUAUAAAGCUCGAUGGUGUUGAUACGCUGCCUUCAUUGCCAUUAACGACAACUCCGAUUCCAUGGAGGCCGCAAAGUGGCGAGGUUCUAGAGCAGCAUCGCGAACUUCUCUUCACUAGCGUAGAAGUUGGGCUUUUGGAAGCUUUGGUCAUCCACCAAUGGCCACACAGCGGCAUAUAACUCUAAACCGCCAGGGAAAGCCAAGCUCCUCGAUCUACAUCGCGAUUGUCGGGGUGGAGGAUCAAAGGUGGCCAUCUCAAAUCUUCUCUGUAAAAACAUUCCUUGUGAAUAGAUCACGUAUGUUUGCUUGAA